CCGCAGUCUCUUUUCUCUCUUUCAACUGGAUGGCAAUGUGGCGCCUAAAGUUAAGGCGCUUAAAUUUAAGCAUUUCAGCGACAGUAAUGACAAAGGGCCUAAGACCACACACAUAUUUGCUCAUGUAUAUAUUGCACAUGUGUGUGUGAGAGCAUAUCGUAUAUGUACAUAUAGAUGAUAUACUCAUAUGCAUAACUUGCCUUAACUGGCGACUUAUGAGCUUCAGUAAUAUUUAUUUAUUUUUUGUUAUGCCCGGCUGUUGCCAGGUUUAAUGAGCUUUAUUGUAAGUGUAUAUACGUGUGUGUGUGUGCGUGCAUUUGCUCCACUGUGCACGCGUAACAUAACCCACUUAAAUAUGUCAUAUGCAUGCUAUAUGCGAGACGAGUGCGGGACUAAUCAGACGACGCGUUAUACCGGCUGCUCAGCAUUUGAAUUUGCAAUGGCAGUCACCCUCGAAGUAUGCUGUGAAUUAUGUGGCGCAUGAAUGUCAGCAGCAGCAGCAACACGCAACAGCAGCAGCAGCAGCAGCAGCAGCAGCAGCGGCAGCAGCAGCAGCAGCAGCGGCAGCAGCAGCAAUUCAAAUGUCAGGCUCAGUCGCAGUCGCAGUCGCAGAUGCAGAGCCUCGCUGGGUGUCGCUGUCAAAGCACUUUAUGUCACAAUAAUUUGCAGUAUGCAUGCAUCUCUCCAUUGGAGUAAGCUGCCAGCGCGUGUAGUUGGGCAGGAUGUUGGCCAAUAUGCAUAUGUAAAAUAUUUAUGAGCGCGUGCAAAUUCAUUUCAUUGCUUCAACGCUUUUGCCUGUGGAACGAAUGGCGACUGCGACAGCGUCGGCGAGUCCCUUGACUAUAUGAUAGAGUUUGUCAAAAGUGUUGAAUACGAAAUAUGUGAUUAAAAUUCACGAAAUUCAACUAAUUUGCUAGCACAGCCCCUGAUGAAUAAAGCAUUGUUUGAGUCGAGGGACAAACAAAAAGCGACAACUUUUUACAUGCAAAUACAUACGGUAUUUUCUAUUCAGGCUAAAACGUUCAUAUAAAUCUAAUAUUAUAAAAAAUAUAAUAA